AUGCAUCGAGCAAGAGUAAUUCUUCAAGCUUCAAGUAAAAUUGGCAACUCUGAAAGAUUUGCAUCAUGGCUUAUCAAAAAACCACAGGCUGCAGCUAUGACAGUAAACGCCAACAGGCUAAAAAGUACAACUGCAGCAGAGCCUUUCCUCAAUGGAUCCAGUUCGGCAUAUGUCGAGACUAUGUACAACAACUGGCUUACGGAUCCUAAUUCUGUACAUGCUUCAUGGGACGCAUUCUUCCGCAACGCGACAAAUGGCGCCCAACCGGGCGUCGCCUAUACACCGCCGCCAAACCUCGCGCCUUAUACGAAAAACGAAGUGCCUCUGACGUCGCUUGUUCCAGCUGCCGGUGGAAUGCCUUCUAUUGCUUCCGGAUCCCCCAUCAACGAAAAGAUCAUUGAUGACCAUUUAGCAGUUCAAGCCAUCAUUAGAAGUUACCAGGCUCGCGGCCACCUGGCUGCCGAUCUGGACCCGCUGGGCAUCACCUCGGCAAACCUGCCCCAACUGGGCAUGCGCGCGUCGAGUUCGGAGCUCAUCAUGAGGAAAUAUUUCAAUUUUGGUAGGAUUUGCGGUUGGAAGCAAUCACUUGUAUCUUACUACAAUACUCAGAGAAGGCAUGCGCUUAUGUCACGUGGUCAUCUCGUCGCGCAUCUUGACCCGUUGGGCAUCUCCACCGGUGAUCCGGUGUCAAGUGGUGAUUGGCACGGCGGCCUGCGUGCCUUCGCUAACGAAGCAGUCAUUAGGCAGCACGUACGAUUCGAUGAAGCCGAUAUGGAUAGGGUUUUCAAACUACCCUCGACCACCUUUAUUGGCGAGAAGGAAAAAGCCCUGCCGUUGAGAGAAAUUCUAAACCGCUUGGAAGAGGCGUAUUGUAACAACAUUGGUAUAGAGUUUAUGUUCAUAAACUCGUUGGAGCAAUGCAACUGGAUCAGGCAGCGAAUGGAGCCACCAAACGUCACCAAGAUGAGCAAUGAUCAGAAGAGAUUGAUUCUGGCGCGUCUCACCAGAUCUGCUGGGUUUGAAAACUUCUUGGCGAAGAAGUGGUCUUCGGAAAAGCGCUUCGGUCUUGAAGGAUGCGAGAUCCUCAUCCCGGCCAUGAAGCAGGUCAUCGACAUGUCGACUAAACUUGGAGUCGAAUCCAUCAUCAUGGGAAUGCCUCAUAGGGGUCGUCUUAACGUAUUGGCUAAUGUUUGCCGUAAACCGCUGCAUCAGCUGUUUACACAGUUUGCGGGAUUGGAGGCUGAAGAUGACGGCUCCGGUGAUGUCAAAUACCAUUUGGGUACAUACAUCGAGCGCCUGAACCGCGUCACCAACAAGAACAUUCGUUUGGCAGUGUGCGCUAACCCUAGUCACUUGGAAGCAGUCGACCCCGUAGUGCAGGGCAAGACUCGCGCCGAGCAGUUUUACAGAGGAGACAAUGAAGGCAAGAAGGUCAUGUCGAUCCUUCUCCACGGAGAUGCUGCCUUUGCCGGCCAAGGCGUGGUCUUCGAGACUAUGCACUUGUCAGACCUGCCCGAAUACACCACCCACGGCACCAUUCACAUUGUGGCCAACAACCAGAUCGGGUUCACCACGGACCCUAGGCAUUCCAGGUCGUCUGCUUAUUGUACAGACGUGGCUCGCGUGGUCAACGCCCCAAUAUUCCACGUGAACAGCGACAACCCCGAAGCCGUGAUGCACGUGUGCAACGUGGCGGCCGAGUGGAGAUCCACCUUCCACAAGGACGUGGUCAUCGACAUUGUCUCCUACCGCCGCAACGGCCACAACGAGGUGGACGAGCCCAUGUUCACGCAGCCGCUCAUGUACCAGAAGAUUCGGAAGACUAAACCUGUACUCGAAAUCUACGCGGACCGUCUCAUCACGGAGGGCGUGGUCACGGCCGAAGAGGUCAAAGACGUAAAAGAUAAAUAUGAAAAGAUCUGCGAAGAUGCGUACAACCAGGCCAAGCAGGAGACACAUAUCAAGUACAAGGACUGGCUCGACUCGCCCUGGUCUGGCUUCUUCGAGGGCAAGGACCCACUUAAGAUGUCCCCAACCGGAGUGGUAGAAGAAACGCUAGUCCACAUUGGAAAGCGUUUCUCCAGCCCUCCCCCCAACGCAGCCGAGUUCGAGAUUCACAAAGGUCUGCUACGUAUCCUCAAAGCCCGCAUGGAGAUGGUCGAGAAACGCACCGUGGACUGGGCGUUGGCCGAGGCCAUGGCUUUCGGCUCUCUGUUGAAGGAAGGUAUCCACGUUCGACUCUCCGGAGAAGAUGUGGAGAGAGGAACUUUCUCGCACAGACACCACGUACUGCACCACCAGAAAGUGGACAAGGCGACGUAUUGUGCGCUGGCGCAUCUUUACCCCGAUCAGGCGCCUUACACUGUCUGCAACAGCUCCCUAUCCGAGUAUGGUGUACUUGGCUUCGAAGUGGGUUACUCGGUGACCAAUCCAAAUGCCCUCGUGCUUUGGGAGGCCCAGUUCGGAGACUUCAACAACGUGGCCCAGUGCAUCAUUGACCAGUUCAUCUCCAGCGGUCAGGCCAAGUGGGUGCGACAGUCUGGUAUUGUCCUGCUGCAGCCUCACGGUAUGGAGGGCAUGGGCCCAGAGCACUCGUCCGCCCGCCUUGAGCGUUUCCUGCAAAUGAGCUCCGACGACCCUGACUACAUGCCGCCCGAGAGCCAUGACUAUGAGGUACGUCAGCUCCACGACUGCAACUGGAUAGUGGCAAACUGUUCCACUCCAGCAUCGCUGUUCCACAUCCUGAGGCGUCAGAUCGCGUUGCCCUUCCGCAAACCUCUCAUCCUGAUGACGCCCAAGUCGCUCUUGAGACACCCCGAGUGCAAAUCCUCCUUCGACGACAUGGCCGAAGGCACUACGUUUAAGAGAGUGCUGCCAGAGGAAGGCCCGGCUUGUGAGAAUCCCGAGAAAGUCCGGAAAGUAGCUUUCUGCUCUGGACGCGUUUACUACGACCUUCUCAAGGAACGACGUGACAGAGGGCUGGAGAAGGACAUCGCUAUUGUUCGCUUGGAGCAAAUAUCUCCGUUCCCAUACGAUCAGCUGAAGAGUGAGAUCGCGAAGUACCCCAACGCUCAGCUCGUUUGGAGCCAGGAGGAGCACAAGAACAUGGGUUCGUGGAGCUACGUGGAACCCAGAUUCCGCACCCUGCUGAGGAACCAGAAACAAAUUAGGCGUAGUUCGGAAGGGGGCGGGUGGUUUAGCCAACUCUUGGGCCGCAGUGAGACACAGACAGACACACAAACCGAGAUCAUUCCGCGCACCAUUAGCUACAACGGCCGAGCGACCGCCGCAUCUCCGGCCACAGGCUCCAAAGCCGCCCACAACAAGGAGCUGAAGAACUUGCUCGACGAAUUUUGCGUUUUAUAA